AUGGAGGAUUUAGACGAGCAAACACUUUCAUUUUAUACCAGACGUGCAUCAUUGGGGGACAAAAGUUCGAAUUUAAUACUUGGCCUUCGCUUGAUGGGAACCGAAGGGACCGAAAGAGAGGGAGUCUCAUAUAUAGAGAAAGCAUUUCCAUUGCCUCAAGCGUAUCUGUGCUAUUACAAGUACAAUAAAGAUCAAAAGUAUUUAGUCUUAGCAGCGGAAGGAGGAGUGAAAGAAGCGAUGUACCCUGCUGCGUUGUAUUUGUUACAAAUAGAAACGGACGUAGGGAAAGCACUGACAUACUUAAAUAUAGCCGUCAGGAAUGGAGAGCCCGAUGCCGCGUCAUGUCUGUUACGGAGGUACAUCAAUCGGAAAGAGUACACUAAUGCAGUCAACGUCUUUGCAUCAAUUAACUUCCAAUUUACUGAUGAGCUGAAGAAGUUAAGUGGGAUCUUAGAUGUCCUCCGCGGCCGAAAUGAGUCGAAUACCAUCAAAUAUUUAUACGACCACCCCACCGACAUCGAGUGCAAAUUCUAUAGCGCCGUUCACUCCCUUUCGAAAGGGAAAACUGAACUAAUCCAACAAUUCACAACAUCAAAGGAAAAAAUUGUGGGAUAUGAGAACGUUGGGAUAACAGCAUGUACUAUGCUGGCAAGAGCAUUGAAGAAUGGAAUCAAUGGAAUACAAAAAGACUUUGAAAAGGCAGUGCAGUGGUACAUCGAGGCGGAAAAAUUGGGAUUCACAGACUUCUUUGAAAUAGCCGAGUGCUGUAAAGAAGCUAAAAAGGUCGAAUUGGAGUUCGACUAUUUGAAUAAAGCAGCAAGCGUCGGAUGUGCACAAGCUAUGGUUUUGUUGGCUAAGAUCUUCAUCGAAAAAAACACAGAGGACGAUAAGGAAAUGGCUUCUAUGUGGUUGGACCAAGCUAAAGAACUUGGAUCGGAGGAAGCAAUUCAUAUCUUAGCUUCACUCAAAAGUCAAAGUUAA